AUGUCGUCUUCAACGGAUUGGAAGGUGGAGUUCCUUCUCACGCUCUACGCAGACGGUGUAGCUCCUUCCUUACGCACCAACAUGCUCACAAAGAUACCCGACUAUGAUCUCGAUGGCAUGAUUCAAGACGGAUACAAGCUCAACAGCCGUAGUGACCGACUCGCCGUCGCUGACUUGGUUUUUGCGAAUGCUACAAAGAAGGCUGCAGAUAGCAACGUCGAACGUAUUGCUAUGAAUGAUCGUGGCCUUGGAACUGCAGAUGGGCCGAACAAUUUCAAUCGUGCGAACUAUCAUGCUGAAGCUGAUGUGGAGCAAAGUGAAUAUUCCAACGAGAGGGAUCUUCGUCGAUCGAACCUCGAAGCCGCAGAACGCGAUUUUGCCCUCGAUGAGGCUCGAAACGAAAAGAGGCCCGCAGCUGUGCACUCUGAAGCGGCCUCUUCCAAGCGAACGAAAACUUCCUCAGAGUUUACUCGCAACAAAGGGCAGUCCCAAAGACACGUAAAGAUCGAAAGGUCUCCAAGCAUAUCCGGAUUGAUGAGUACGGGGGAAGUUAAUGGACUGUCCACUGGAUCUGCCAUCGAUGUCAACGGACCUUCAUCGCAGCGACCACCCAUCACUGGACAGCCUCAGCCAUUCGCACAUACUACAAAGCCCAGGAUCGACAAAAUCAUGGGCUUCAAACGCGCAUUCACGUUGUAUCAACAAUAUCCUGUUCGCCUCUGA